CCUUAGCCCUAGCUGUCUAUGGGGCUUGGGUGCCCCAUGGGGUCUUGGGCCUAUUGGAAGCCAGGUCCCUGCAUUGUUGGCAAGGAGGGAGCAGCUCCCAUCCCCAACUUAGGCUCAUGGCAGCAGAUCUCUGGGGUCCCAGCUCCGAUGGGGUCAGCACACAUCGCUGCAGAGUCGCAUCACAUGUCACAAUGCCGUAGCAAUAGCAGCUGCCAGCACCUGGCUCCCUGACAGCAUCUCGGCAGCUUUGCAGGGUUUCCCCUACAAGGUGGCUGCACAUGACAGUGCAGUGAGAACAAGGAGGCGCUGUCCCUGUGCCAGCCCCAUGGCAGGAUGACUGGCUGGCUGGAUGUGGGAUGGGGAAAUAAAACACCUCUGCAAGAGUGCCCAUGCCGGUGCAUCCGGUGCCCAAGGAGGCCGAAGAGAUGGAGGGGGAUGGGGACUCGGCACCUGAGCUGAAUGGUGAAGAGGAGGAGAGCGAGGAGGAACGUAGUGCCAGCCCUUCUGAAUCAGAGGAAGAAAGCUCAGAAAUGGAUGAGGAGGACUGUGAGCGGCGCCGCAGCGAGUGCCUAGAUGAGAUGUGUGACCUGGAGAAGCAGUUCUCUGAGCUCAAAGAAAAGCUGUUCAAGGAGCGGCUGAACCAGGUGAAGGCCAAGUUGGAGGACGUGGCAUCGGGGCGGGCUGCCGAGUACCUCGACCCCCUGGGUGUCCUGCAGAACAACAUGAAGAUCCGUAUCGAGGUGGCUGGCAUCUACAAAGGGCUGUGCCUGGAAGUGGUCAGGAACAAGCACGAGUGUGAGCUACAGGGAGCACGCCAGCACCUGGAGAGUGAGAAGCUGCUGCUCUAUGACAACAUGCAGAGCGAGCUGCUGGAGCGCAUCCAGCGCCUAGAGGAUGAUCGGCAGAGCAUUGACAUCACCUCAGAGUGGUGGGACGACAAGCUGCGCCCCAAGAACAACCUCAAGAAGUGGGAUCCCUUCCGGCCUGCCAAGAGGAAGAAAGCGCCGCUUGUGUCUGGCCCCUACAUUGUCUACAUGCUGCGGGACAUCGACAUCCUGGAAGACUGGACAGCCAUCAAAAAGGCUAAAGCAGCCGUGUCCCCCCAGAAAAGAAAAGCAGAUGUGCUGGUGAAGGUGGAGAAGCCGGGAGCCCAGUUCUCAGCGCGCUGCGAGGACGGGCGACUGCAUUACGAGGGUGAGAUCUACAGCAAAGGGCAGAGUGUUGUCCUGGAGGUCGGGGACGAGGCGCCUGCGCAGGCAGUGAUCACGGCUGUCAGCACUGGGGAGGUCUGGCUGCGCCGGGAGGAUGGCACCAAGACCAAAAUCUACGUCUCGCAGCUGCAGAAGGGCAAGUACUCGGUGCGCAAGGCCUGAGUGGGGCUCAGCCCUGUGGCUUGGCACAGGCCUCCUCCUGGACACAAGGGCCCACAGCUCGUCUGCGGUGCAGCGAGGGGCUGGGCGGAGGCUCGGCUUGCUGCCCCCUUGCACUAGGACCCAGACGGAGAGGACUCUGGGGCCCUGCCCGGUGGAGUGUUCACAUGGCCAGCGCUCCCGUCACAGAUCCCUGCAGACAGACCAGCACGAGGCUUCACCGCUCGCUUCCCUCGCUAGGACUCUGGUGUUUGUAGCAAUCUGGGGGGCACGUAACUCCCUGUGUCCGGGGCUGUUGUGCUCCACAGGGAAAUAGGGAUGCUGGUUCCAGGGGCUUCUGCAGGAAAAGCCCUGGGUCUUGACCAGCUCCUUGGAAGUGUUCACAUUAAAAACUAAGCGAAACAU